UCACUUUUAAAAUUUUUUAAUUACCCGCCGGUUCCGUCCCCCGUACGUCUUGAAGUCGCAGGGACUGGAACCCGGAAGACAGAUGCCGGCAUCGGCCGAAGGAGAUGGCCGGGGACACUGAAGGGGGGACAUCGCGGGAGCGCAGGACAAGGUAAGUGCAAAAGGGACUCCCUAUGCAGCGCUGCAUGGUAAGCCCGAGUGUAGCUCGGGGUUACCGCUUUUGGCACUGACAUUUUACCCCGAGCUACACUCGGGAAUACCGCUAGGGAGGUUAAAG